UUAGAAAUAUUAAAAAUUAAAUUAGCAAAUUAACAAGCAUGCAAAACAAAAAAAGAAAAAAAAAAGAUAUGUAGAUGGACAAAGGGAGUAAGAAUCACUUGGUACACCGUACAUAUAAUCACGAAGGAUAUAAUCGUCAAAUCUCUCUUAAAAAGGGAUACCUUCCCUUAUACAUAAAUAUAUGGUGCAAUGAUCUUUACUUAACCACUGUAUUUAUAUGACUUCUCUUCUUCUCUCUCACUAUCUCUCCAUACACUGAAUCCAAUUCUUUUUCUCGGGUUUGAGGCCGGUUCGGGUCCGGGUUUCAGAAUGGGUAGCAAAGUAGCCGGGCAGUACAACGGCGGCUCAAGAACGGAGGAAGAAAAUCAGGAAGAACAUGAACGGUGUCCAGUAGAAGAAGUAGCACUAGUUGUACCCGAAACCGAUGACCCGAAUCUUCCGGUUCUAACAUUUCGGGCAUGGUUUUUGGGUACAAUUUCUUGUGUUUUACUCAUAUUUUUAAACACAUUUUUUAUUUACAGAACACAACCUCUAACCAUAUCAGCUAUACUCAUGCAAAUAGCGGUUUUACCCAUGGGUAAAUUCAUGGCCCGGGUUUUACCCACCCGAAAGUAUAGCUUGUUGGGUGGUAGAUGGGAGUUUAGUUUGAACCCAGGCCCGUUUAAUAUUAAAGAGCAUGUAAUAAUCACAAUUCUGGCAAAUUGUGGUGUGUCUCAAGGGGGUGGUGAUGCUUACUCAAUUGGAGCAAUUACUGUUAUGAAAGCUUAUUAUAAACAAACUGUUGGCUUUCUUUGUUCUCUCUUCAUUGUUUUAACUACUCAGAUGUUGGGAUAUGGAUGGGCUGGAAUUCUAAGAAGGUAUCUGGUUGACCCAGUUGAGAUGUGGUGGCCAGCAAACCUUGCUCAAGUCUCCUUUUUCAGGGCGCUUCACGAGAAGGAGCACAAAUCGAAGGGGCUUACUCGGAUGCAAUUUUUCCUUAUCUUCUUUGCAGCAAGCUUUGCCUAUUAUGCACUCCCGGGUUAUCUGUUCCCGAUUUUGACCUUCUUUUCAUGGGUGUGUUGGGCCUGGCCUCGAAACAUAACAGCCCAACAAAUUGGAUCAGGCUACCACGGGCUAGGUGUAGGAGCCUUCACCCUAGAUUGGGCAGGCAUCUCUGCCUAUCAUGGUAGCCCUUUGGUGGCUCCUUGGUUUUCCAUUGUCAACGUUGGGAUCGGCUUUAUCAUGUUCAUCUACAUAAUAAUCCCUCUGUGCUAUUGGAAGUACGAAACUUUUGAUGCGAGGAAAUUCCCUAUUUUUUCGAACCAACUCUUUCGGUCCAAUGGUUUGAAAUAUGAUACUACCAAGGUUCUCACCCCACAACGUGACCUUAACGUUGCAGCUUAUAAUAAUUACGGCAAACUUUAUCUCAGUCCUCUCUUUGCUCUAUCGAUUGGAUCCGGUUUCGCAAGAUUUACCGCCACCCUUACCCAUGUCGCUCUAUUCCAUGGAAGUGAUAUAUGGAAACAGAGCAGAUCCGCGAUGAAAAACAUAAAGAAGGAUAUACAUGCUAAGUUGAUGAGCAAAUACAAACAAGUGCCUGAAUGGUGGUUCCUUAUCCUAUUAGUGUUGAGUGCAGCAUUGUCGAUCUUAAUGUCGUUUAUUUGGAAGGACGAUGUGCAGCUUCCGUGGUGGGGCAUGCUCUUCGCAUUCGCAUUGGCUUUUGUUGUGACUCUACCCAUCGGUGUUAUUCAAGCCACCACUAACCAGCAACCCGGAUAUGACAUAAUAGCACAAUUCAUAUUCGGGUACAUCUACCCAGGAAAGCCCAUAGCAAAUUUGCUUUUUAAGAUAUACGGGCGAAUCAGCACCGUUCAUGCUCUGGCGUUCCUGUCUGAUCUCAAACUCGGGCACUACAUGAAAAUCCCGCCUAGGGCCAUGUACGCUGCUCAGCUUGUGGGUACACUGGUGGCUGGUGUGGUUAACCUCGCAGUAGCAUGGUGGAUGUUGGCAACCAUCGAUAACUUGUGUGAUGUGGACAACCUUAACCCCAACAGUCCGUGGACAUGCCCCAAAUUCCGAGUCACCUUUGAUGCUUCCGUAAUCUGGGGUUUGAUCGGGCCAGAGAGGCUUUUCGGGCCUGGAGGAUUGUACAGAAACUUGGUAUGGCUAUUUCUAAUCGGAGCAGUAUUACCAGUCCCAGUCUGGAUACUACACAAGAUGUUCCCGAACAACAAAUGGAUUCCGCUCAUCAAUAUUCCAGUCAUAUCAUACGGGUUUGCAGGGAUGCCGCCUGCUACACCGACCAACAUCGCUAGUUGGCUGAUCACAGGAACGAUUUUCAACUACUUCGUGUUCAAGUACCGAAAAGAGUGGUGGAAGAGGUACAACUAUGUACUAUCAGCAGCUUUAGAUGCCGGGACAGCUUUCAUGGCUGUUUUGAUCUUCUUCGCUUUACAAAACGAGAACAAGAAUCUGAAAUGGUGGGGAACGGAGAUUGAUCAUUGUCCCUUGGCAUCGUGCCCGACUGCCCCAGGGAUCGUCGUAGAGAAAUGCCCUGUCUUUUGAUCGCCGUAAGGAUCAUGCAAAUAUGUCAUCAAAUCUAAUGUAGGUAGUAUUAUUAUUUUUUAUGGAACUGUUACAAUUACAGUAGGAUGAGGUAUAGUUUUGCAUAAGAACCCUCAAUAAACAUAUUGAUUGAAGUAUUAUUAUAUGUGAAGCCUAAAAAAUUGUUUGGGUCAAA